AUGCCCGCUGAAACGAAGCCUGCCGAGACACCAAUCUCUUUAAAACAAACACUUGAAAAGUCAAAGCUCCUCACGGCAAAACUGCGCCAGAAUGACCUGCCACCAAUCGAACGUGGUCUCGAUCAGAUUGACUCACAAACACACAACUUGAUUUCCAAAGCGGCUCAGGGAGAAGAUCAAUCCAAUGUGGACGUUCGAGCGCAUUACUUUUUAUCCAAGGGUCGCGUGAAUACCAAAGUCCUCAUGCGCGAUCUAGACACCAUCAACUUGGGUGCAGCAACUGAACAUCGGCAACCGAUCCAGGAUACAGACGUAGAGGGCUAUUUUGUACAAGAGCGUACGCGUACUAUUGUGGACACUAUCCAAGAAGGCAAACAAGAGACGCUGGAUGACAUAAUGGGUCAAUUUGACUUGGAUGUACAAACGACAUGGCAAGAUCUACGAUCCAAGUUAUGCGAUGGUUAUAGUGCCGAACAAGCAAAGGCUGAUAUGGCAUCCAUGAACAUCACCAAAUCCAAGAUUGAUCUCUCUCGGGUGCCUGCUGCUGCUGCUGCUGCUAAUGCUAAUGCUGCUGCUACUACUACCACCACCACCAUCCGUUAA